CACAACAGAGCCCGUCUUUCGUCCGGUAGUACGAGUCAGUCGUCAUGGUCCGCAUCACACGUCCCGAAACGCCUGUGCCGCCAGGCACCGGCAAGGGGAAGGGCAAGGGCAAGGGCAAGGGAGGCUUCGUCACCAAACGACACACUGUGCCACGCGACACCAUUCUAGGUAGGUGACAGACGGACAGCUAGAUGUGCACACAAGAAUCAACACAUCCAAAUGGUCGCAUUUGACUCUUGUGUGUGUUCGGUUGACAGGCAUCACGAAGCCAGCGAUUCGUCGCCUGGCACGCCGGGGCGGCGUCAAGCGGAUCUCGGCGCUCUGCUAUGACGAAAUCCGCGCGACGCUCAAAAAUGUAAGGCAGCGCCCGCAGGCAGUGGAGGUUCACUCACUGGGGUGUGUGUGUGUGUGUGUCAGUUCCUGGAGAAUGUCAUCAAGGAUGCCGUCCUGUACACCGAAUACGGCAACCGGAAGACCGUCACUGCUGUGGUCAGACAGAGAGAAAGACACAGGGGAUGCAGCUCACUUCGCUGUGUUCUGUUCCGUGUCGUUUCUCACUCUUCCCACUGCAGGAUGUGUUGUAUGCCCUCAAGCGCCGCGGCAGGACGCUCUACGGCUACGCUGACUGAUCAAUGGGAGCCGGUGCACACAUCAGGAUACGCAGCCUGUUAGCUUAGAG